AAUGCUGUAAUCUACUAUUAACAAGUGGAACAAGUACACUUAUGUUUAAGACAAACAUAGGUCUAAGAAAUCAGAGUAGAAAAUGCCCGUAAACAAGCGGAUAGCCGUUUGGAUGUCGGAGAAAAAGCUACAGAAAAUUAACUGGCAGGAUUUCGAGGCUGUAUGCAUCAGUCACGGGUUCGAAUUGUUUAAGCUAGACUUGAAUAAAAGUUUGGAAUCCCAGGAACCAUUCUGUGUAUUAUUGCACAAGUUGACGGAUAUUAUUGCUUCUGCAAAUUUAGGUGAUAUAAAGAGUUGUAACCAAUUGCUCGAAGUGGAGACGUAUAUAUCUCAAAACCCAACAGUAACAGUGAUAGACCCCCUACCGAACGUAAGGAAACUGUUGGAUAGAUACAGCUGCUACAGCAUAAUUCAUUCCACUAACCUCUACACUUUUGACGUAUUCACUCCCAACUUCUGCACGUUACAAUCCAAUGAUUUAGACGUGCUGAAACAACAACUGAAACUAGCCAAAGUAACCUACCCUUUCAUCUGCAAGCCUCUGCUGGGUCACGGCUCAAGGAAGGCUCACGAAAUGUCAAUCAUCUUCAACGAGAAAUGCCUGAUAGACUGCAGGACGCCCUGUGUCGCACAGAGCUUCAUCAAUCACAACGCCAUUCUCUUUAAGAUAUUUAUCGCGGGUGAGAGGCAUUGCUUCGUUGAGAGACCCUCUUUGAAAAACUUUCAUGCGUGCGAGAGUGAAACGAUAUACUUCGAUUCUAGUGAUGUGUCCAAAGCAGACUCGAAAAGUAGGCUUUCCGUUUUGGACCCGGACGAUGUGACGAACGAACGGGUCCAGCCGAAUGAAAAGACUUUAGAGGUCAUAGCAAAUACUCUUAGGAAAGCUUUCGGGAUGGAACUGUUAGGGGUGGAUGUGGUGAUAGAAAAAAAUACUAGGAAAUAUGCAAUCAUCGAUGUAAAUGCUUACCCAGGUUACGAUGGGUUUCCGAACUUCUUCGAAGCUCUGUUAGAAUGCAUUUCCAAAAAACUUGCCUCAGAUUAUACGUAGGACGUAAGGUGUUAAAUGUAACCUAAGGAUAUUUAAUUUAAAAAAAAUAUAUUUAAAGAAAACUGCCAAAAAAACAUAUAUUAUUGCUCAAAGCAACCAUGUUACGAUGAUAUAGUAGAUAUAUUUAUAAUUUUUUAUAGCCUAUUUAUAUUUAUAUUAUUAAAGCUUAA